UUUCACUUUCUCUUUUUCUCUGCAAAUUUCGAUUUUUCUCCUACGGAUGUGCAAUGCCUGUGGUACUCUCUAUUAUCCACAAAGGUGUACGAUGUUGGAAAACUUUUAACUCAAUUAGGAUGUAGUACCUGUAGCUGAUCAUUGACAAAGAGUAUACAACACAUGGGAAAGGGUUUGCGCCUUCGAGAUUCUAGUUUUAUGCGAGAAAGUAAUCCUCCGGGAUGCUUGUUUGGGAUACUUCAUCAUUUAAAUCACCAUCACCAUCGGUGGCAUCUAGUCCGGAAACGCCUCCCGCACAUAAGGCAAGGUGGUGGAAAGCAUCUUCCUGCAGCAGGAGAUCUUGGAAGUAAUGCAACUGCUACUGAUUCUGCUAAAAUUCCAGAAAACUCAGAUGUCAAAGCGGAUGAUUCCCGUAUUGUAGUGAAAACAGCAGGGACACAGCCCAAAAGUUCGAUAAAAUCUCGUUUAAAAGCUUUGAUGACAAAAGAGCUACUAUCUAGAAAAAGGGUCAGACAUCGCCGAAGUUUGUCCUACCCUGCAAGGACACCGCUGGAACAAACUGCUUCUAUUGAUUAUCUAGACCCUGCAAAUGUAGAUCCUUCUCCAAAAAUUCCUUUAAACAAUGAGACUUUGCAGCAUCGUGAGAACGAGUAUUCUUCCGUUGCCAGUUUGUUAGAUCCACCCUUGCCUGAGAAAAGAAAGGAUGCUGUUACCACCAACGACAGAUGUAAGUUGUGUGCUGCUAUGCUCGAUAUGAAUCACUUAAAGCAAUGUGAUACUAACAAGAAUGGGAAGCAACAAAUCACAGACUUCAGUCUUCGUCGUACACAGUCACUUUAUUUUAGAGAGCGGACUAAAAAUGCCUCAAUUGAAGAGUCAAAGCUAUUUUUGGAUGCUCUUGAUUUACUAAACAUGAGAGAGGAGGUAUUCCUAAAAAUAUUAAAGGACCCGAAUUCUUCGUUAGCGCAUCAGUUACAUGGUACACAGGCAUCCAAAGGCUUAACCAAGUCCGUGUCAUUUCCUUCACGUCUCUCACUGGGAAAAAUUGCCAGGUCAAGCAGUCAAGAUAACUCAGUAAUAUCGGCAAAUUUGGAUAGCGAGGAUGAAGUUGCAAAAGGUGUGCCGAUAAGACUAGAUUCAUUUGAUAACAUCCCUUUAAGUUCACCUGUUGCCAAACAGAAUCGGCAUCAAAGUAAACUUGUCCUUGAGCGUUUCAAGAACUUGAGGAAGAAAAUAAGACAUAUGCUUAAGGAGAGCAGUAAGGAGAAGCGUCGAAUUGUCAUGGAUUCUGUCCUUCAUAAGGUUCCACAUGAUCGUAGUUCAUCCAACGACGUUAAACAGGGAACCAAUUUACUUGAGAAGCCAACUGCAGAUGGAAAUGACACUGGUCACUACUCUUCUCCAUUUAGCAAGAGCCAAAUGAAAUGCUUUUCAAGAACGUCAUCGCUCAAUGAGUCAGUAGACAGAUAUAAUAGAUUACUUGAAUCCUGCUUCAGUAGAGAAGAAAAACAGCACGGCUCUGAAAUGUCAAGUUUAAGAGCGUCAAGAUCACCUUCACCGGCUAGAAGUAGACCCAUUGUCCUGGACAGGAUUCUGUCUUUACCUGAUCUAAGAAAUUACCCUUCUUUCCGAAUUGAGGACACUCCCGAAGCCAGUUAUUCAGAAACACAAGAUACAGCUGCAUCGACUGAAUCGAGCAACAACUUAAAACUGAAGUCCCUGGAUUUUAUUCCUUUAGGUUCAGAAAAGCAAACUAAACAAGAUUUUAGUUCAGACUCCAAGAUUCCCGAAGAGUUUGUUGAUGUCAAUGAGACUUCCGAUGACUUAGAGGAGAACUUUUUUUCAGUUGAAUGCAAUACGGAGGACACUUCGUCUCCUAAUUCCAAACUAGAUAAACCAAUUCCUAUUCCUUUGCCGGAUAAAUUUCAGGAAGCUAAUACUGUCCCAGAAGAGCUCUCCGCAACUGAAGGUAUAUCGGAAAAUGCAUUAGACACCGAUGAAGAAGGACUAUCGGCCAAUGAACAGAAGAAAAGUCUUUUGCAAGUUCAAGUGGAUGAAAGAAAUAAAGCUGAAUUCAAUUAUGUAAAAGAUGUGUUGGAAUUAUCUGGCUUUAGUGGAAAUAUAUUUAUGAUGAACCCUUCAGUAUUUGAGGAAAUGGAUGGAUGUUUGCUUUCUCAACCCGAGAGCUCAGGAUAUGCUGAAUAUGGAAGCUGUAAUCAACUUCUUCUGUUUGAUUUAAUCAAUGAGGUCUUAUUACAACUUUAUGAAAGAUCAUCUUUAUACUGGCCAAAGUCUUUAACGACUCGUUCUUUUAUCCAUCCAACGCCUGUGGCAUACCAUCUGCUUGAGGAAGUAUGGACAGAUAUAAGCUGGUGUCUUAGCUUCAAGCUGGAGAAUGAUCUAUCACUUGAUGAUGCUAUGAGCCAUGAUCUUGCAAAACGCGACAAUUGGAUGAACCUGCAGUUUGAUGCCGAGUGUGUUGGAUUGGAGCUCGAGGAUCUCAUAUUUGAUGAUCUUUUAGAUGAGCUAAUAUUCAUCGACGUUUAUUAAGGCCAGAUAACAUACCUUUCAGUACGUGCAAUAUUAGUUCCGGGGUAGGUGUUUUAACAUUUCCUUUUCUUAGAAACACUCCCAAGGUCCACUGCUACAAACAUCCGGAUCUGCACAAAAAUGUGCAGAACUGUAGUAUGAGUACGGGACAACAUGUACUCAGUAAGUAUCAAUAUUAACCUCGGUGAAGUAGUGACGAGGUUCAAGUCAUGUGAUACUCACUAGUCAAAGAACCUAAUAAUAGGAAAAAAGAAUGCUGAGUGAAUAUGGCUUUAACAAAAUUCUUUCAGACUGUACAGAUAUGGUAAAUUAAGCUUAAGGGAGUAUAUUAGAAGUUUCAGUUGAGAUUCGUAGUAUUAGCAAGAAUUGUAACUAGGACAAGCUACCCUUAGCAAAAUCAGCAAUUAGCUUUGUCUUACUGACAUCAGUUACUUGUUCAAGUGAAGAUCUGUAUAUGCAUGGUUGUGUUAUGUACUUAUUGA